UGCCACAGUUGUGAAUUGUCAAUUGUGAUAAAAAUAAAAUAAAAAUGCCAGCUGCAUUUGCGGAGAUAAUUGAUGAUAUUGAAGAUUUAAUAUCUUCACAGGAUAUCACUCCUAAAGAAAGAUAUGCGAGUAGAAAAAAUGUGAGCAUACGUUCUAAACGGCGUGAAACCAAAGAAUCUGUUGAAAAAGUUGUCUUGGAAAGUGUUGUCCCAGGCACUCAAACUAUCUAUGUGAAAACAUGGGGGUGUGCUCACAACAGUUCAGACUCAGAGUACAUGGCAGGGCUGCUCGCCGCUCACGGUUACCAGCUCACAGAGGACAAGUGGCAAGCACAAUUGUGGCUACUUAACUCAUGCACUGUUAAGAAUCCCGCUGAAGAUCAUUUCAAGAAUGAAAUCGAACUAGGCGAGAGCCGGGGUAUCCACGUAGUCGUAGCGGGCUGUGUGCCGCAAGGUGCGCCGAGGGCGGAGUACUUGCGGGGACACAGCGUUGUGGGGGUGCAGCAAAUUGAUCGAAUUGUUGAAGUCGUUGAAGAGACAUUGAAAGGUCACACCGUCCGACUGUUUGGUGCAAAGAAGACCAUAGAGGGCCGGAAAGCGGGAGGGGCGUCCCUCCUCUUGCCAAAAGUGCGGAAGAAUCCUCUCAUAGAAAUCAUACCCAUCAACACGGGAUGUCUCAACCAGUGCACAUAUUGUAAGACGAAACACGCCCGAGGGGAGUUGGGGAGUUACCCUCCGGAGGAGAUAGUGGAGCGAGCGAUACAGUCGUUUAAAGAGGGAGUCGUGGAAAUAUGGUUGACUAGCGAAGAUACAGGCACGUACGGGAGAGACAUAGGCACAUCCCUACCCGAGCUACUCUGGAAGCUGGUGGACGUGAUCCCAGCAGGGUGUCGGCUGCGGCUCGGAAUGACCAACCCGCCUUAUAUCUUGGAGCACCUGCAGCAGGUGGCCAGCAUCAUGCACCAUCCGAGGGUUUACAAAUUCCUGCACGUGCCUGUACAGUCAGGUAGCGAUCAAGUGCUGGCGGAUAUGAAGAGGGAAUACACAAGAGCGGACUUUGAAAAAGUUGUGGAUUUCUUGAGAGAGAAAGUGCCCGGCAUGACAAUAGCGACGGACAUCAUAUGCGGCUUUCCGACAGAGACCGAGAAGGACUUCGAGGACACUAUGGCGCUCUGCAAGAAGUACCGGUUUCCAUCUUUGUUUAUAAACCAGUUCUUCCCGAGACCUGGGACUCCAGCGGCUAACAUGCAGCGGGUACCCGCGCAAGAAGUGAAAAAGCGUACGAAAGCGCUCUCUGAAUUCUUCCGUUCCUACCACCCGUACUGCAGCCGGCUCGGGGAAACAUACGAAGUGCUAGUGACGGAUGUAUCUCACGACACUAAGUACUUUGUGGCACACAAUGAGUUCUACGAACAAAUUCUGGUGCCAAAGAACAAAGUGCUAAUGGGCAAAAUGGUGACGGUGAAAAUAAUUGAAACGUCGAAAUUUUCCAUGAUCGGAGAGCCUGUGGACAAACCUAAAAUGGCCGGUUUGGUGGAACCGCUGAGGAGGGGGGAGGUGUCGGGGCUGAAGGUGGAGGGGACGAAGAUACCGGUACCGAUUUUUGUGUUGUGCGUUGCGGUUCUGCUGAGGGUGUUGUGGAUUUUUUUGUAGUUAAUAAAGAUUUUUAUUGUGUU